AUGAAAUUUCAUAUUUCGAACUCCUCAUUGUCAUCAUCAGCCUCAAAUCAUUUUUAUGCAUCCGCCUCUAAUUUAGAAAAUACCCUUAUGUUAUAUAUUACUUUGAAGAUAUGUACGAAAGAAAACAUAUGCAUAUCACCCAUCGUUGUCAAAGGAAGAUUUGUUUCAAAUAAAACUCCGCUCUCAAAAACAGAUAAAGUUUGCUUACAGAGCGUCGUAAGUUGUAGCGUUGUGGUGAGUUUGUCAAACUUCACAACAGCCUCUGUCCUGGAAAGAAACCGAACACAUGUUACCAAGUCGACAUCUUCUACAACGACUAGGAAGCCGGUGACGAGCGUGCUCGGUGUUACUGAUCGGCCAGCGAUAGUUGCUUCCAGUGCGAAUUUGACAGCGACUAUCCUCACGGUUAUAGUACCAUCGGUGGUGGUGUUGCUACUGGCGCUCAUCACAGUGGCCUGCAUACGUCGCCUUCGUCAGUCACCCACUAAGCCAGAUAAAAACGACUUUUGGAAUCGGUUCUACGUAAACAUGCUGAUGCAAGAGGAAUGCGAUGCGGAGAUACGCGAGCGCGAGCUACGCGACGAUAUAGAACUGCAAUAUGAUUACGUGUACGCCGGCCGACCGAGAUAUGCCCCUCGUACAUAAACAAUAAUGGAUCGUACAUAAAG